AAGAGUAUCCGCGCCCGAUUGUAUAGCACCCAUAGCCCGUCUCCCAAACCCGUUACAGCCCGCUAUAGAGAAAACAGAGGACGGCCAAAGGAUCGCUUUGUCUUCGCAGCGGACAUCCUUUCGAACCCCCGGCGUCAGCCAUAUAUUCAUGAUAUCAUGCUGAGCAUCCGUUACCGCGGGACGUUGUACAAGUUUCUUGUGUUCUUCAAAAGACACAAGAUGCUUCCGCCGAAUCAAUCCAUUCAGAAUUUGGGAGGGCGCCAUAUCGAUGGAGAUGUUCUCCUGGUCGCUUGCGGUAAAAGGGUAUCAAUUAGGAAUUUGCGCAGUGGAUUGGAGGAUAGAGUAGCAGAUAUAGCCAUUAGAAGGCUUUCAGAAUCUUUGGAUCCGAUCAGAAUCCGGCGUCGUUUUCCCGCAUCUAUCUCGUUCGAAUAA